CUCGAUUGGGGGGCUGGCGCAGACCAUUCUGGACGCCCUCUCCGCCGCGCAGCUGCAGGCCUGGAUUCACCAGGCGGGGCUUGGCCAUGACAUGGAGAUGCUGGAGAUGGAGCUGGAGAUAGUGGACAUGGGGUACGCCGCCGUGCGGGAGAGGCUGACCGGCAACAAGGAGCCGCUGGUCAGAUCCCUCGCCCGCCUCAAGGAUCUGCUCUACGACGCCGACGACUUGGUCGACGACCUUGACUUUUACCGCCUCCUUGAUAGGCCCACCGCUGGAGGCUCAUCAGAUUUCAGAAAGGGAAAAGGGGGCUGGUGGCACGGACUAUGCGCCACCAUGAACAUGAUCCACAACUGCGCUCACCAACACAUCACGGUGGCGUGGGACUCGCUCCAGUAGUCAGACACGAGGAUACACCCAUACAAUCUACAUACGCCGACCUGUUCAUCGACUCCCCUACUACAGAUUCGUCAGAUAAUGCUUUGGGUGAGCAGGAAGACAUAUUUGGGGCAGUCCAAGUCCAUGAGAAAUCGACCGGAGAUAUGGAUAUAGUGAGUAGCCAGGUUGGCAAGAGGCGAUUGUCUGCAAUAUCUGAACACUAUGAGCUCGUGGAUCAAGAUGGAAAUGAUUGUCGAGUCAAAUGUAUUCACUGUGGCUCAGAGCCGAUGGUUGGCUGUGGAUUGAGCCAAUCACAAUUGAGGCGCCAUAUAAAGACUGUACAUUAUGAGAAUAAAAAAAGAGCUGCUGAAUUUUCGAAUGACACACAUAAUGCUCUUAGAGAGCAGGAAGACAUAUUUGGUGCAGUGCUAGUCGAUAAGAAAUCAAGGAGAGAUAUAAAUAUACAGAGUAGGCAGGGUGGCAAGAUGCGGUCUCCGGUCUGGAAGCACUUUGUGAUAUCCGAAACUGAUGAAAACAAUAGGCCUGUGAAAGCCAAAUGUGUUCACUGUGACUCAGAGCUGAAUUGUGGACCCAAACAUGGGACAUCAGGUUUGAAACGCCAUAUCCGUAGUGCAGGUUGUACAAAGAAAAAAGAAGCAGCUGACCAGCCACUAACCCCUUCAAGCAGCGCUGAUGGUAUAGAAAAUGUUGAAACAGUUGCCAUUGGUGAUUCACACAGCAGAAAAAGGAUUAGAAUGGAUGAUGAGUCAACAUGCGGGGCCAAACCUGAAACACACCUUUGGAACAAGGCUGGAUUUUUGCAAAGGAUAAAAGAAAUAACUCGCCGGUUACAAGACAUAUCGGGGUUUCUGAGUAAGGUUCUCAAGUUACAUGGUUCAGAUUUUGUUGCAAGCUCAAAUCGCUAUCGAAGUAUAACAUCAGAUCAACACCUAAGAACAUCAAGUGUUGUUCCAAGGAAAGUUUAUGGAAGAGUUACAGAGAAGGACUACAUCAUAAAGUUCAUGACGGAAGACAAACCUGAUGGUUCAUAUGUUCUUCCUAUUGUAGGCAGUGCAGGAGUUGGAAAGACUGCUCUUGCUCAGCUUGUAUACAAUGAUCCAACCAUCGCAGAGCACUUUGAACAAAGGAUAUGGGUUUCAGUGUCUAACAACUUCGAUGAGCUGAGACUCUCUAGAGAGAUCUUAGAUUGUGUCUCUCAGCAAACACAUGCAGGGCUAUGCAGCUUUGCCAAGCUUCAGGAGGUCUUGAAGAUGCAUAUCACAUCAAAGAGGGUUCUGCUUAUUUUGGAUGAUGUUUGGGAUGACUUUAACUUCCGCAGAUGGAGCCAACUAUUAGCUCCUUUGCAGUGUAACACAAAGGGUACUGUGAUUCUUUUGACAACUCAAAAAUUGUCUGUUGCACAAAUUGUUGGUACAGUUGAACCAAUUAAGUUGCGUAGUUUACCAUAUGAUGAUUUUUGGUUAUUAUUUAAAUCAUGUGCAUUUGGUGAUGAGAACUAUGAAAGGAAUCAAAAUCUUAGCAUCAUUGGAUUGCAAAUAGUAAAGAAGUUAAAGGGAAACCCAUUAGCAGCAGCAACAGUAGGGAAACUAUUACGAAGGAGCCUUACUAUUGAUCAUUGGUAUAACAUUCUGAAGAACGAAGAUUGGAAAUCUGUGCAACUCAGUGGAGGUAUAAUGUCUGCUCUGAAGCUUAGCUAUGAUCAGCUACCCUACAAUUUACAACAAUGCUUCUCAUUUUGUUCUUUAUUCCCCGAGAAAUAUCAGUUCCUUGAUGAGGAGCUGGUCCAAAUUUGGAUUGCACAGGGAUUUGUGAAGUGUGAUAAUUCAAGUAAGACACUUGAGGAGAAAGGAUUUGACUAUCUAGCUGAUCUUGUGAACUUGGGCUUCUUUCAGCAAGUUGAAAGAGAAGAGACCGAUCCAAACAGUCAACCUUGCUACAUUAUGUGUGAUCUUAUGCAUGAUCUUGCUAGGGAAGUCUCAAGAACUGAGUUUGCAACUAUAGAUGGCGUGCAGUACUGUGAGAUGCUGCCAACUAUACGCCAUUUGUCAAUAGUAAGUGAUUCUGGAUAUAACACAGAUCAGCAUGAAAACAUACCCCGCAGUAAGAAGCUUGAGAAGAAAAUGCUCGCUGGAUGUACAUCGCUGAGGAAAUUGAGGACAUUGGUAUUCAUUGCGCAUUAUGACAUGUUCUUCUACAAAUUAUUUCAAGAUAUAUUACGACAGGCACAUAAUUUGCGCCUGCUGCAAAUUUCUGCAGCAUCUGCUGGUUUAAAUCCUUUACUGUGCAGUUCGGUGAAUUUCACCCAUCUUCGCUACUUAAAAGUUGAAGCUGCUGAUGGGCUUGGGGCUCUGCCUCAAAUUUUGAGCAAGUUUUGCCAUCUUCAAGUAUUACAUGUUGGCUCAUGUACUAAACCUACUAUACCUGUCAGGAUCGACCAUAUUGUUGGCUUGCGGCAUCUUGUUACAGAAGAGGGGGCAUACUCUUCCAUUGCUAACAUUGGUAACCUGACAUCUCUUCAGGAGCUACCCAAUUUUGUGGUUCAAAAUUCCAGUGGCUUUGAGAUAACACAACUCCAGUCCAUGAAAGAACUUGUACGACUUGGGGUCUCUCAUCUUGAAAAUGUUAAAACUCGGGAGGAGGCUUAUGGGGCAGGAUUAAGAGAGAAACACCACUUGAAAGAGCUGCACUUGUCUUGGGAAGUUGCCUUGUCAGAUGAUGAAUAUCGUAGGGACAUGAGCUCCUGUACGGAUCAGUUGUCAGCAGAGGUUAUUGAGGGCUUUGAACCACACAAUAACCUAAAGCAUCUGUGGAUAUCUGGCUACAAUGGAAAUCUCUCCCCAAGUUGGCUUGCCAACAGUAUCUCUUUGCAGACUCUUCAUAUAGAGGGUUGUGGAAAAUUGGAAAUACUUCCAUCUUUUGAGCAGCUUCCGUUCCUUAGAAAGUUGAAGUUGACGGAAAUGCCAAGUAUGACAGAAGUAUCAAUUCCUUCGUUGGAGGAACUGGUAUUAAUUCAAAUGCCAAAGUUGGAGCGGUUUUCCUGCAUUUCCACUAAGGACUUGAACUCAAAUUUAAGGGUUCUGAAGAUUCAGAGAUGUCCUGCAAUGAAUAUCUUUCCUCUAUUUCAGAGCUCCCAGAAAUUUAAAAUCGAGCAGAAGUCAUGGUUGCCCAGUCUGAGGGAACUCACUAUCCAUGGAUGUCCUAAUUUACUUGUGUCACAUCCCCUUCCUCCAUCAACUACCAUUUCUAAAUUAUCCAUCGUCGACGUUCCAACACUCCCAAGGAUAGAGAUAUCACCUGGUGACACGUUAACAAUUGGAUCCAGAAGUGAGGGCUAUGAUAAUUUUGAUCCUUCUUCUGAUGUGAUGACUAUACUGGAUUGCAAAAUUUUGGCAUUCCACAACCUGAGGGGCCUCAGAUACUUGCGUAUAGAUGGUUGCCAGAAUCUGGUGUCUAUUUCUUUCACAGGAUUAGGGGAACUUAUUUCUUUAAGGAGUUUGGAAAUAUGUAGCUGUCGAAAGCUUUUCUCGUCAAAUGUUAUACCAGAGCAUACCCGUGAAGAUGUGACAGCUGCAAAGUGUAAUUCCCUCCCAUCUCUAGUCACUCUCAGAAUUAAGUGUUGUGGAAUAGCAGGAAAGUGGUUAUCUUUGAUGCUGGGUUAUAUGCAGGCCCUAGAGGAAUUGUUUUUAGAGGACUGCCCGGGGAUAACUCAGUUAGCAGAAGAGGAAGAAAACAUUCAAUCUUAUGGUUUCUCAUCAUCAGGAGAUCCAGAUGACACAUUGCUGACAAGCUCAGCUCAAGAUGGAAUCUUUUGCCUUUCACUAAAUCUUAUGUCCUCUCUGAAGAAGAUAUCGAUUCGUGAAUUCCCACACCAAGUAUUUUGCAGGAAAAAUGAAGACUUGUCUAGAUUUACCUGCCUUGAGAAGCUAACAAUUUGGGGAUGCCCCAGGCUGCUCUCAUCUCUGGUGGAUAAAUAUGAAAAUGAUGAUCAGAUGAAUGGAAGAUGGCUCCUGCCGAAAUCACUUGAAGAACUCGAGAUCCGUGGCGAUUCACCAGGCAUGCUGCAGCCCUGUUUUCUGGGCAAUCUAACCUGCCUCAAAAAACUACAAGUGUGGUUCAGCCCAAGUCUGAGAUCUCUACAGCUGCAUAACUGCACGACACUGGAAGAGUUGGUAAUUGGAAACUGUGGAUCACUUGCUGCGGUAGAAGGCUUGCAAUUACUUGGCAGCCUCAAGUAUUUCAAAGUAUUCAGAUCCCCUGGCGUGAUUCCAUGUCUGGAGAAUCUGUCAAGGCAGGGCUAUGCUCUAUUCCCUGGACUAGAAAGGCUUGUGUUCGAUGGCCCCUCUGUCUUUAUCAUGUCAGUUUGCAAGCAACUCACCUCCCUCCAAUACCUACAACUUGAAAAUUGGGAGUUUGUAACGAGACUAACAGAAGAGCAAGAGAGAGGGCUUCAGCUCCUGAAAUCCUUGCAGGAGCUGGAAUUCUGGGAUUGCAGUUAUGAUCUCAAAUACCUCCCCGCGGCGUUGCACAGCCUUCCUUCACUCAAGAGAUUGAAGAUCAGUGGUUGUUUGGGAAUCUCGAGGCUGCCGGAACAGGGCCUUCCACUCUCGCUGAAGCAACUGGAUAUCAGCAAUUGCAGCAAGGUGUUCAAUGAUCACUGCAAGUCUCUAGAAACAGGGAACGUAAAGGUCAACAUUGUUGGAAAUACACAAACUGCUUAAUGAUUGGCGUGUCAAGGACAUAUCCUACCAGUGUUUUCUAAGGGAUGGACCUGGACCGGCUUCACGAUGAGGCAACCCCUCUGGUUCCCUGGAUCACAAGUUUAUGCUUGCAGACCGUAGCCUAAAUCAUACUCAUAUUCCCUUCAUCCCGAAUUACUUGUCGCAGAACUCCCUCCGACCCGAAUUACUUGUCGCAGAAAUGGAUGUACUGCGACAAGUAAUUCGGGACGGAGGGAGUAUGUUUCUCGUCUCUCCUUCUCUCCUUCGGAAGAAUCUGGCAUGUAAAUUAAUUAGUGUGUGCUUAAAUAAAGACCCUGUGAAAUUAGCUUUGCGGAUGAAGUUAGUGAUUUUGUUGCA